GUCGCCGGUAGUCGGCAGUCGUUUUCCGUUCGAACCGGGUUCGCGUUCCUCCUUCGCCGAGGAGCUUUCGAAGGGUUUUCGUCCGCGCGCGUGAAUUUUCCUCGACGACGACGACGUCAGCUAGCUCAAGUUUGGCGCGCAAAAUAGCACUCGCGUGUGUGUUUGGUUUAACUUUUUUUUUUCGAAAGCGGUUCAUCUCUUAAGGCAGUGACUCGUUCCUAGAAGAGAUGAAACAAACGCACCCCACAAAUCAACUGUGAUAGACGACGACGACGACGACCCGAAAAGGAAGAUCAAUCAGUGGCUAUAACUACAACAAGUGUGAACAGAAACGAGAGAGAGCGAGAAAUAGGAAAAGCUAACAAUGUGGAAAACUGUGAUAAUCAAAAACGUGUGAAAAUCGAGCUAAGCUGAGAGUUGUAAACAGUUCAAUUAGUGUGUUUGGUGAGCGAUCGUGACGAUUUUCUUCGUUAGUGGUCGAGGAAAAGUGAAGAAGAGUGCAUCACAAUUCGUCAGUUUGUCUCGAGAGGUUAGACAAAAUUAAGGUGACACCGACUGACUGGCGCACCGGAGGUCGUCGGUCGGAAAAUUGUGGUGGAAAAGUCGGAACACGUUAAGGAAGCGAAAAGAAAGAGCCGAGAGAGGAGAUCGCGGUGAAAAUGGAUACCCAAAGGCGGUGGAGUGGUUGUGGUUUGCUGUUUAAAAUUGGAUUUAUUCUGCUGCUUGCCGAAGUGUCACAAUGCCUGCGGAUCACAAACCUGGACGUGCCACAGUCGUACAUCAUCGCCCGGGGGGAGGAACCAGCCGAAGAUCUGGUCCUGGAUUGUGAGUACGAGCUGGACAUAGCGACGGCCAAGGGCUUCGUCCUCAAGUGGAAGCACAACGAUCUGCAGAUCUACCAGUGGAUUCCGUCCAAAAAGCCGGUUGCGUUUACCUCCUUCAAGGGCCACGUCGACCUGGAGUAUUCGGUGUCGGACGAUCGGUUUCAAAAGUAUCGUGCCUUAAGGCUGAUCAACCCGAUGGCGAACUUUACGGGCAACUAUAGCUGCGCGGUACAGACGUACGACGAGAACGAAGUGCGGUCGGCCCACCUGCAGAUCAUCGUGCCUGAGGUGGAGUUCAAUCUGACGUACCACCGCGAGAGCAACGGCAGCACCGUCGUGCAGUGCGCAGUCAGCGACAUCUCGCCGAAGCCGGAACUGGCGUUGUUCAUCGACGAGUCGGAAACGAAGGAGGUGGUCCUGACGGAGGACCACGUCCAGGGCGCGUACGACGUGGUCCUGCAGCACGUGCUGACCGAUGACUCCAAGGACACGGCCAUCCACUGCCAGCUGUCGAUACCGGGGACCAACUACACGAAAAAGCGCGAGAAAAUGUUCCACGGAGCUGCCUUCCGAGCAAACAUAUCGACCCUCCAGGCCCUGCUGUACGCCCUGGCCGCCGCAGUAUUGUCCAGCACGAUAAGAUACUGAGAAGACGAAGAAAGCUUUCCCUUUUUAGCGAAAUUUUCUCCGAGUUUAGUCUCGAUAAAAUGGCAGUGUCUUAAACAGUCUUAUACACAAAAUUAAACACACACACACCGAUUUUGAAAUUCAUCCCAAAGAUUUCACCCCCCAAGUUGUAUAGACCUAUAAGUUUGAUCGGAAACGGAACCAAUAUGACGCUUACAGAUUUCCAAACCAGCCUUGUAUUGAGAGUGUAUAGUAGGAGCAGUUAAAUUAUACUUUUCAGUUUAGGUUAUGUCUUUUUUCGCGCCUUCGUGUCUUCCAAGCAAAGCUUUAGCACAAAACGAUUUAACACACUAGUUGAGUUCACCAUUCGCACACAUUAUUGUUACGCAGAUGAAGAGUAAAUGUAAAUAUAAAGUUGUA